GCUGUAGCUAAAAGCACCAAUACUUGAAACAGUGGCGGUUAGCAGGCGGCUCGGAGCGGGACCCUUGAAAACGAAAACAAUUCCCCGUGUGUGCGGUUAUCAGCUCCCCGUAAGUAGCGGGUAUGCUGUUUAAAGAGUAUUUUACCUAUCCCCCUUUUUAAUAAAGUAAAAAGGUUUUGUUUUUAAACGAAAGAGGCAUACAUAGUGGUUAGUGGUUUGUUGGCGUUUCUCUGCCAACAAACCGCUGCAUGUGUGUGUAGCUAAACGUUAGCGACAGAAACAGGAGGUAUAGCGUCAAGAAUGCCUCCCAAGAAGUAUCAGCUGAAGACGGCAGCGGCCAAUGCUUCCACCUCGCUGGAGCCCGAGUCUGAGGACAUCAGCCUGGAGACGACCGUGCCCACCACCGAGGAUGUGUCCUCGUCCGACGAGCAGCGGGGCGGCUCCCAGAAGCCGACCCGUCAGCUGUUGGAGAGGAAAGAGCUGCUGUACAGCGUCCAGCUACUGAAGAUCGAGCUGUCUCAGAAAAAUCUCACCAUAGACAACAUGAAGGCCGACCACAUGUCCAAGAUUGAUGAGAUGGAGGAGAAGCUGAAUGACACCAUACAUCAGAAACAAGUGUUGGCCCUGAGACUGGACAGCCAGCUGAAACUCGCUCAGGAAGAAAGCAGAAGGGAGCAGGCUCUGCGGAAGCAGGAGAUGGAGACCCUUCUGCUCAAGCAGCAGCAGCUGGAGGAGACAAACCGACAGCUGUGUGAAAAGGCUGGAGAGCUGCGGAAGUCUCUCAGGGAUCUGGAAAUCUCCCAGGACAAGUACCAGGAGCUCCGUGACCUCCCUGAAGACACUAUCUCCAUACAGGAAUACGUAGCUAUGCGUUUCUAUGAGGUGGUGACUCCUCUCCGGGCUCAGCUGGCAGAGCUCAGUGUUAAGAAGGGCAGUUUGUCUGAAGAGCUGGUCACACACAGAAGUCAGAUGAAGGCUUUGAUGGAGAGCUACGAGGAGGAGCGGCGACUGCGUGCUGAGCUGGAGUUGAGGAGCCAGAGACUGACACUGGAACUGGCUGAUACCAAGCAGCAGAUCCAGGAAGGAGACUACCGCCUCGUCAACUACCCGAACAUCAAACGAGAUUGUGACAGCUUUGAACGAGAGCUGAGGGAGUUAAAGAGGAGAUUUGAAACACUGGACCUGACUCACACUGCAGUGACCAGAGAAAGGGACUCACUCAGUAAAGAGGUGGCAACAUUGCAGCAGACAGUGACUUUACUAGAGAAAGACAAGGACUACCUCCAUAGGCAGAACAUGGAGCUAAAUGUCCGCUGUGCACAUGAAGAGGACCGCCUAGAAAGACUUCAGGUGCAAUUAGAAGACACCAAGAGGGCCAGGGAGGACACCUAUGAAAAAUAUGUAGCAUCCAGAGACCACUAUAAGAUGGAGUAUGAGAACAAGUUAAGAGAGGAGUUGGAGAACAUCAGGCUGAAAACCCAUCAGGAGAUUGACAACCUGCAGAGAACCUCCAGGGAGAUGUACGAGAGAGAGAACAGGAAUCUGCGUGAGGCCAGAGACGAUGCAGUGCUGGAGAAAGACAGAGCUGUGGCAGCUGAGAGAGAGACUCAGUCCAGAUACGAUCAGCUGCUGGAACAGUACCGUCAUCUCCAGCUGGGAACUGACAGCCGGGUAGCCGAGCUCUCAAACCAGGCCAAGCUGCACUCCUUCGAAGCCGAACGUGCUCAGAUGGUCAAGGAGGAGACGGCGAAGUCUCUGGCACAGUGUCAGGUGGAGUGUGAGAAACAGCAGAAGAAACUGGAGCUCCUCACUCAGGAGUUUUACAGGCUGCAGACGUCAUCAGACAAGCGGGUCGCGGAGCUGCAAGCUCGGAAUGCCGAGCAGGCUUCUCGCCUGGAGACAUACGAAAAACUGGAGCAGGAGUUAGAUCAAGUCACAAUGCAGGCUGCUGAGAUUGAGGACGAAGAGGAGGCAGAGAGAGUUUUGUUCUCAUAUGGCUAUGGAGCCAAUGUUCCCACAACGGCCAAAAGAAGACUAAAGCAGAGCGUUCACCUGGCCCGCAGGGUGUUACAGCUCGAGCGGCAGAACACGACACUGAGGAGAGAGCUGGAGAGACACGAGUCACAGUCGGGACGGAUAUCCGAGGAGUUGUCGGCAGCCAAUCGUCUGUUGGAGCAGACGCAGCAGCCCUAUAGCUACCUGAUCGAGACCGCCCGACAAAAGGAGGCACAGAUCGGCGCGCUGAAGGAACGCGUCUCGUCGCUUGAGGACGACGUGAGUUCUCUGAGGAAAGAGCGGAAUGGUCUGCAGCAGGUGAAGAACAACAUGGCCGCCGAUCUGGAGCGACUCCUUAACCAUCAAGAGGAGUUAGCCGUGAUGAAGCAGGUCCUGAUCAGAAUGCAGUCCGGAGAGGGAGACUCUCUGGACCUGCUGGACACAGCCAAACCUAGCGUCACGACCUUUGGUGCAGGAAAACAGCAGACCAAGCGUAUCAACAAGGCCGCAGUGGAGGAGUCGCCAAACAAACCCAAACCCAUUGUAUUUACCAAUAAACAAGUUCCGGACUGGUACCAAAAGCCGAAGCAGAGGCACAAAUAAACAGCCGUUUAUUUUACUGCUGAUGUUAAUUGUCGAGCACUCAGGUCAAACUGUCUUUCAAUUUGUCAAAAAUGUUUGUAUUUAAAACCUGUGAAUUACACUUUUAUACAAAAACGCAGAAA